AUGGCUUAUGGACUCAUAUUGAACCACGAACUUAACUGGAUCAAGGACCCCUUUGAAAAAGAGCGUCGUCGCCGCAUGGUGUGGAAUAUUUUUGUUCUAGAUAAGAUAUAUGCGGCAGGAGUGCCAGAAUUUGUUUCGUGCGACAUCAAUCUCGUAUCGAUACAUCCACCAUCGACGAAUCCUACCUCAGAGCCCUCACCGUUUCGCACCCAGCUUCCACGCUACGUGGCACCGUUUAAUCUCUUUUCAUUAGUUGUGCAUCUAGCUCAACUACAAUACAACACAAUGAACGCAGUGAAACUUGUUGAGCGUGGUUCUGGAUCCCUUGAAGACGUUGCUCAUGACAUGCAUCUGACAUUGGAUUUGCUUCCGGAUAAUCUUCGUUAUUCUGCUGCCAACGUCGAGGCACUACCUGCAAGUCAAAGAUCCCUCUUCAUUAACAUGCAUCUUCUGCUUCUGCUCAAUCAAUGCAACUUGAAUAGACUUGAGGGGCCUGCACGAUCGCUCGAUCUAGCACUUGCCAUUUCUUCGAUUGCACGCGAUAACAGUGACAUCCUUGCAAACUCACGCACAACUAUCACGUUGGCAUUUGCACUAUUCGAAGCGUCGAGAAUUAUGCUUCAUGCUGGCAUCGAUAUGAAAUCAAAUAUGGAUGUUAUUACUGGCGCAAAAUGGGCAGACCCGGACGUUGUCAACAUAUUCCUGCGAGAUCUCGGCGCCGACCGCCAUUUUGGGGGUCUUCUCUCGUUUUCCGAGCUCCACCCAGCCCACAAUCUUUCUUGA